AUGCGACCGGCUGUUUCUGAUGACUCUGUGCAUGUUGCUGCAAGCUAUUUUUGGGUGCUCGUGGAUAUUGUUAGCUCUCAUGUUGCCUGCCAUCUGUUCAGGUUUCUUUCAUCGCUUCUGCUCCGCCGCCGCCGCCGCAGCCCGCGCCCUCCUGUCGCGACCCGCCGCCGCCGCUCCAAGCCGCCGCAGCCCGCGCCCUCCUGUCGCGACCCGCCGCCGCCGCUUUACAUCUUCUGGCGCUGCCGCCCACGAUCUUCCAAUCGCGCCAGCCGCCACCUGCGGCUGCCCCGACCCGAGCCGUUGCUGCCGCUUUUCCCCGCCGUAGCUGCUCCAUCCGCUGCUGUCUCUUGCAUCGCCCGCCGACCCGAGCCGCUUUUCCCCGCCGUAGCUGCUCCACCCGCUGUUGUCUCUCGCAUCGCCCGCCCGCCCCGAGCCGCUGCUGCCUCUCGCCCGCCCGCCCGACCCGAGCCGUCGCUUGCUUCGCCCGCACGUCGCCCGCCCCUUGCAUCGCCUGCAUGCCGCACGCCGCUUGCAUCGCCUGCAUGCGGCUCGCACUGCUCGCCUUGUCAGCACCCACUCGCCACUCCGGCCGCCCGCCAGCCCGGACCCCCCUGCACGCGCCACUCCGGCCGGCCGCCAGCCCUGCUGGCGUCCACCGACCCGUCUGCCGCCGCCUCUGCCGUCCCGUCGCCGGCGCCCUCUGGCGCGGCUCCGCCGCUGUACGGGGCGGCCGCUACCUACGGCACGUCCGGCAUCGCCCCGCCAGCCCGUCCCGACUUGCCGCCCGGCUCGGCUCCGCUGCCCCCGCUGGCGUACGUCGCCGCCCCACCGCCGGCGCUCUCCGGCCAGUCCGUCGUCGCCCCGUCGCCGGCGCCGACUCUACCCGUCGACCCCUUGUUGUUGCGCGGGGCGUUCGACGCGCCCGUUCCCACGUACGGGAAUCCUACGUACGGGGCUCCGCCCGUGUACGGGUCUCCCGGGUACUGGUGGGGGUUGUCAGCAGGCCAACAGUUUUUUCCGGCGGGCCAUCCGGCCUACCCAGCACAGUUUUCCGCCUCACAUGCCCGUACACCUCACAGCUAA